AAGAACGGAGUCUGCAUGCCCGCUAUAAUGUCGAGCUGCGGGGUAAAAGUCAGGAAUCCCGCGGCCUCUCCUCAAAUCCAGGGGCUGUUGGUCAAAAACGCAGAACCGUCACAAAAUAACAUUAAGCAGGAACUUUGGUGGGCAAAGAAAGACCGCAGAAUUAAUCAAAGAGUGGUUCUGCAGCCGUCAAAUAGAAGGAAGAGCUCCCAGAAACACCUGCAGCACUUCAGCUGUGCUUUCAAGACCAUGAGAUCCGCUCUGGAACACGCAGAAAUCAUCAACAGAAUGAAUGACCUGAUAAAUGACAGCAUGAAGACAGAAGACGCUACUCCUGAUGUAUCAGACUACUUGUCUGUAAAUGAGGAAGAGUUUGAUGAGAAUCUUCUCCUGGCAGAGCUGGAGAAGCUGGAGAAGAGUUUGGACGAGAACCUGUUUGAGGCGGACAGAAAGGAGGACCUGGAGUUUCUGGCUGCAUCACCAUCGCAUCUCGCCAAGCUGGAGGAGGAGGAGGAAGAGGAGGAGGAGGACAUCGAAGAGGACUUGGAGUAUCUCCGACAGUGGGCCAACUCCCUGUGAUCCAACCCAACACGUUCAGAAGAGGAGAGAUGAGUGAAAUGAAGGAGCGACCACGACUUUUCUUUGUGUAAAAGUGUUCACGUUCUGUCUUCUAAAGUCGCAACAAAUUAAAUGUAUGAGAGGGAGAAAAAUAAAGUUUCUGUUUUUGUUCUGUCUUACAGUUAGAUUACAAGUUGCAGUAAGUUCUCGGUGCUCCGCUUGAACAGAUGGACCAGUUCUGGUUGUUGUGGUCAGCAGUUCCACCUUCUCAAACCGUCUCACUGACAUUUCUAUGGUUCCGAUUUAUUUCACUGAUCCGGUUCGGGUCUUGUUCUCUGUUUCAUCCUCUGAAUGUUUUAUUCAUUUAUGGUUUUGGAAUAAACUGCAAUGAAAAUCGA